UGCCAUUUAAUGUAAAUAACAUCCCUAUUUGUGGGCUGAACUUACAAAAGCAAAUUGUUAUAAUUCUAUUACACUGAAAUAUCGUAAACUCGAGAGUGUAAGCCAUGGCUGAGACGCAAGAUUCAAUCAACAGAUCACAGAGCUCUGCUUCCUUUUGUGAACAAAUGCAAAACGAUCAAAUAUUUGGUGUUUUACAAAAAUUUUCGGCUAAUCUAGAUAAUUUGGAAAAAGACUUGGAUUGUGCAGUAUUAGCACACGGUGACCCAACAUUAAGCACUGAUGAGCAGAUUAAACUAGAUACUUAUUUGGCUUAUGCAAAUAGCACGCUGUUUUGGAUGUAUUUGAGACUGAAUGGAUCCGAUUUGUCUAAGCACUACAUUUUACACGAUUUACGUCGAGCCAAGGAGAUGCUAGCUCGCGAAAAGGAAAUAAAUGAUUCAUUAGCGGCACCACGUUUGGAUAUCGCUGCUAGUAAGCGCUUUAUUGCUGCAGGAAUGCAUACACGCUUCAUAGAUGCGGAUGAAGAGAAACGUCCGGGCAGUACAAAGUAAUACAUAUGUUUGCAUACAUAUAUCGUAAGCAUGCAUACAUAUAUAAAUUUGUACGUAUAUAUGUUUUUAUAUACAUAGAUUUGUAAGCUAAUGUGGUUUGAUAUGUUAUAAAAUGUUUUUUAAAUAAAUAUAAAAAUAUAUAAAGAGAA